AAAGGAGGAAGGACAGCACAGCUGACAGCCGUGCUCAGAAAGUUUCUGGAUCCCAGGCUCAUCUCCACAGAGGAGAACACGCAGGCAGCAGAGACCAUGGGGCCCAUCUCAGCCCCUUCCUGCAGAUGGCGCAUCCCCUGGCAGGGGCUCCUGCUCACAGCCUCACUUUUCACCUUCUGGAACCCGCCCACCACUGCUCAGCUCACUAUUGAAGCUGUGCCAUCCAAUGCUGCAGAGGGGAAGGAGGUUCUUCUACUUGUCCACAAUCUGCCCCAGGACCCUCGUGGCUACAACUGGUACAAAGGGGAAACAGUGGAUGCCAACCGUCGAAUUAUAGGAUAUGUAAUAUCAAAUCAACAAAUUACCCCAGGGCCUGCAUACAGCAAUCGAGAGACAAUAUACCCCAAUGCAUCCCUGCUGAUGCGGAACGUCACCAGAAAUGACACAGGAUCCUACACCCUACAAGUCAUAAAGCUAAAUCUUAUGAGUGAAGAAGUAACUGGCCAGUUCAGCGUACAUCCGGAGACUCCCAAGCCCUCCAUCUCCAGCAACAACUCCAACCCCGUGGAGGACAAGGAUGCUGUGGCCUUCACCUGUGAACCUGAGACUCAGAACACAACCUACCUGUGGUGGGUAAAUGGUCAGAGCCUCCCGGUCAGUCCCAGGCUGCAGCUGUCCAAUGGCAACAGGACCCUCACUCUACUCAGUGUCACAAGGAAUGACGUAGGACCCUAUGAAUGUGAAAUACAGAACCCAGCGAGUGCAAACUUCAGUGACCCAGUCACCCUGAAUGUCCUCUAUGGCCCAGAUGCCCCCACCAUUUCCCCUUCAGACACCUAUUACCAUGCAGGGGUAAAUCUCAACCUCUCCUGCCAUGCAGCCUCUAAUCCACCCUCACAGUAUUCUUGGUCUGUCAAUGGCACAUUCCAGCAACACACACAAAAGCUCUUUAUCCCCAACAUCACUACAAAGAACAGCGGAUCCUAUGCCUGCCACACCACUAACUCAGCCACUGGCCGCAACAGGACCACAGUCAGGAUGAUCACAGUCUCUGGUAAGUGGAUCCCUGGAGCACUGGCAGUAUGUUUUCUGGUAGAGUCUAUCUGGCUUUCAGAGAUGAGCCAGAAAAAAAGUUUUAUUCCCAGCCUGUGUCCAACAGCACAAGCAAAUCCCCAACUUUUCUCCUAAACCCUCCAAGUUUAUCUCUAUAGACUCUCUUCUGCCUGUUUUUCUGAUUUCUCUUGGCUGACCUUGGGGCUGACCUGAGAAACGUGGAGAGGGGCCUU